UCUCUGUUUCUUUAGUUCUAAAACCUGAGAGCAUACGACUACAAUACAAAGAUACCACCUUUGAAGACAAAAACGAAUCUAGGUUUCUGAAUCGACAUGUCGGAGGAGAAAGUCGUCUCUGUGAUCAUGGUUGGUGGUCCGACGAAAGGAACUCGGUUUCGUCCUUUAUCGUUCAAUACACCGAAACCACUGAUUCCUUUGGCUGGUCAACCUAUGAUUCAUCAUCCUAUCUCUGCUUGUAAAAAGAUAUCAAAUCUGGCUCAGAUCUUUCUGAUUGGAUUUUACGAGGAAAGAGAAUUCGCUUUGUAUGUCUCUUCGAUAUCUAAUGAGCUGAAAAUUCCAGUGCGAUACUUAAAAGAAGAUAAGCCCCAUGGCUCAGCCGGUGCUCUUUAUCACUUUCGUGAUAGAAUUAUGGAAGAAAAACCGUCACAUGUUUUCCUCCUGAACUGUGAUGUUUGCUGUUCUUUCCCUCUUCAGGGCAUACUCGAUGCACAUCGAAGAUAUGGUGGUAUCGGAACUAUGCUAGUAAUUAAGGUUUCUGCAGAAGCAGCCAGCCAAUUUGGAGAAUUGAUAGCUGAUCCUGAUACUAAAGAACUCCUGCAUUAUACAGAGAAGCCUGAGACUUUUGUCAGUGACUUGAUAAACUGUGGUGUUUAUGUGUUUACCUCAGAUAUCUUCAAUGCCAUUGAAGGAGUAUAUAGCCAAAUAAGAGACACAUCUAGCAACUAUCAAUCUGCUACAAGGUCUGUUCCUGCGGAUUUUGUGAGAUUAGAUCAAGAUAUAUUGUCACCUCUUGCUGGAAAGAAGCAACUAUACACAUAUGAGAAUAAGGAUUUCUGGGAACAGAUUAAGACUCCUGGGAAAUCAUUGAAAUGCUCGGCUUUAUAUCUUUCCCAAUUCCGCCAAACAUCGCCUCAUCUUUUGGCUUCAGGAGAUGGUACUAAUAGGAGACCGAUGAUAAUCGGUGAUGUUUAUAUUCACCCAUCCGCAAAACUGCAUCAAACCGCAAAGAUCGGUCCAAAUGUAUCGAUCUCAGCAAACGUUCGUGUUGGACCUGGUGCAAGGCUUAUCAACUGCAUAAUCUUGGACGAUGUUGAAAUCAAGGACAAUGCUGUUGUCAUAAACUCAAUCAUCGGAUGGAAAUCAUCUAUAGGUAGAUGGUCAAGAGUUCAAGCUAGUGGAGAUUACAAUGAGAGGCUUGGGAUUACAAUUCUUGGUGAGGCUGUAACUGUGGAAGAUGAAGUUGCAGUCAUAGGAAGCAUUGUUCUUCAGAAUAAAACUCUUAACGUCAGUGUUCAAGACGAUAUAAUCUUGUGAUCAUGUUCAAGUUUAUUAAUUGGAACACAAGAAAGACAUUACAGAACUGAGUCUUACUUGCAUUGAGUUCACAAUGGAGCUGUGGAAGAUUUGUAAACCUUAUAAUGUACUUUGGUUUUAUAUACACAGAAAAGGAUUUAAACAACA